AUGGAUUAUGCGUGCUCGACUAUCUCGUCAAUCACGGCUGCUGCUUUACCAAAAGAGAUCACUCCGCGAAUUUUUGUUUCUGCACGCAAACGUGCUGUCGAAGAUUUCAUUUUGGUCUGGCUUGAUGGUAAUAUCGAUCAAGAGAGUGACAACGCACACAGCAUCAUCAAACAUUUUCGCCAAAUUGUUCAUGAGAUUCAAACGUUCACAUCAGUCCAAGAAUGUGUGAAUGCCGUGACCGAUGUCAAAGAAGAAAAAGUGAUCAUUGUCGUUUCGACUGAGCUCAGCUCAAUCGUCGUUCCGAUUCUUCACCCAUUAUCCGUUGUCGACUCGAUCUAUGUAUUGUGCAAUCAGAAUAACACAGAUAAUGACAAACUAUUGAUCAUAACCCAUCGGAAAGUCAAAGGAAUUUUCGUCGACACUCAGUUACUCUGUGAACAUUUGAAAACAAACAUGACACAAUCAAAACACGACCUCCUUACCUUUGAGUUUGCCGGUUCAACGAUACAAAAGCGCUUGGACGAUGGAGAAGACAAGCAAGAAGCCACUUUCAUGUACUUUCAACUAUUCAAAGAGAUUCUUCUCACGAUGAAAGAUGAUGAGGAUGAUGACGACGACGACGACGACAAUAGUUUAACAGAAAUGAUCAAAUAUUGUCAAAGUCAAUACGUAGAUAAUAAUCAAGAGCUUGAGCGGAUAGCAGAGGUUGAACGCUCUUUUACGCCGGCUGCCGCAGUUUGGUGGUAUACACGGGACUCUUUUGUGUACAAAAUAAUCAACAAAGCUCUUCGUACUCAAGACUUUGAUGCCCUUUUUGCCAUGCGGUUCUUCAUUCGAGGUCUUCACGAGCAACUCGUGGAACUUCAUAAAAGAUCUUCUGAUGGAAGUAUCUUAACACUCUAUAGAGGACAAGGUUUGUUCAAUGCUGACUUCGAGCAACUAGCAUCGAAACAAGGUGGACUUCUUUCGAUCAACAAUUUUCUUUCCACCACUACCGAUCCGGAUGUUGCUAAUGUUUAUGUUCCUCGGGAAGAUCCAGAAAAAACUCCCGUGCUCAUGAUCAUUAGAGCAGCGUUAAGCAAAAGCAUGAACGUGCCUUUUGCUGACAUUGACGCAUUCAGUCAAUUUUCAGGCAAUGAGAAAGAAUGGCUCUUCUCCAUGGGUAGUGUUUUUCGAAUCGACUCAUUGAAACGUCAACGUGAUGAUGAAGUAUGGACCGUCGAGCUGACAUUGACAAGUGACAAGGAUCCACAACUGACUCAAUUAACCGAUCAUAUGAGGAAAAAACUUGUUGAUACAAAUCCCUUUGUUCAGCUCGGUCGAUUGAUGGUGGAGAUGGGUGCAUUUGAGAGAGCCAAGUCUUUCUUCCAGAGGUCACUCGAAACAGAAGCGUGGUCAUUCCGUUGUUCUGCGAUCUUCAUCAAUCUUGGAGCAGUCCAUUCUGAACUCAGGGAUUUGGACAAAGCACUCAACUAUUACCAGCUAGGUCUUAGCCAGAGUCUACACGAUUUCCCCGAGGACCAUCCGCGUCUCAGCCCUAUCUACAAUAAUAUUGGUUCGAUUCAUUGGAAACAGGGCAAACAUGAACUUGCUCUCGAAUACUAUCAAAAGGCACUCAAAACUGCAUUGGCCGCCCCUCGCCCUAAUCAAGAGUUCAUCGCGAAUCGAUACAACAACAUCGCAACUGUAUUAUCAUUCGAAUAUUUUAUAUUGAGUCUCAUAAGGCAGCAUAAGCAGACUUGCUUCGUUGACGAGAUAUCUGAACGGAUUCAUAUUUGGGAUGCAGGGUAA